GGCCUCGUGCUCAACCUAUAUCAUAUCAUAUUCAUUUUGUGACCGUCGUCUCGAUAAUCGCUGCGAUUUUAAUAACUUGAACGUAAAUGUUUUCAAAAUCACACAUACUUAUCCAACGGGAUAAUUUGACUUAUCACAAUUGUUAUUGUAUUUGAUUGAGGCGGACCGCACCUUCUUCCGCCCUGGCGUCAUCGACUCUAUACCGAACCCUGUUGAGAGUAGCCCCUCUUGGUCAAUUCAACUCGCUUUCUAGGGUUCUGGCCAACAGGUCUGUCGGCAGGUAAUUUCUACAGGUUUACACAUCAAAUCAAUCUCGACACGGCAUUUUGAGUGUUUGUCAAAUAUGGCAGCAACUCGCAGAUCUGCCCGGCUGAGUACAGCCUUGGAGAAGAGCUCGGUCACAAUAGAGGCAUCGAAGACGGCCAGCAUGCCACCGCCACCUUUCAAGGUGGCCGCUAAAAAGGAGCCAACCAAAAAACGUAAAUCUCCAGCAGAUGGCUCGCCAGGACAUGUCAAUCAAGAGGAACCAACCACUCCAAAGAAGCGUCGUACCGCUGCUCCUGCCGCCUCACCUCUACCACCACCAGUGACACCCACUCCCAGUGCCAUUGGCCUCAUUUCUGAACCGGGCCGACCGUCAACCACUCCGAAGAACAAGGCUGUAGCUCGUCUCGCGGACGCCCAUGUUGCAAAUGCCCAGCUGUUAUCGCCAGAGACUUCGCGCGUCGUUGUCGCUGCGGGUCACCUACCAGAUCAGGAAGCUUCAUCAUCGCCAUCAAAGGUGGGAGUACCUACCAAGGGGCUGACUACCACCGCUACCCUACUCGAGGAGGCAUGUGCACAUCUCAUCCGCGUCGACCCCCGCAUGAAGCCUUUGAUUGAAGCCCACCAUUGCCACAUUUUUAGCCCGGAGGGACUGGCUGAGAAGAUUGAUCCUUUCGAGAGUCUGUGCAGUGGCAUUAUAAGUCAACAAGUCUCCGGAGCUGCGGCACGCUCUAUUAAGGCCAAGUUUGUAGCAAUGUUUGCCGAUGAAAAGCCUGGCGAACGUUUCCCCAGUCCGUCCAGCGUCGCGGCUGCGACCAUUGAGAAGCUUCGGACCGCCGGUCUCUCCCAGCGCAAAGCCGAGUACGUCAAGGGCUUGGCGGAAAAGUUUGCUUCGGGUGAGCUGAGCGCGCAGCUGUUUGCCGAUCUCCCUUACGAGCAGAUUUUAGAGAAGCUUAUCGCGGUCCGGGGUCUCGGACGCUGGAGCGUGGAAAUGUUUGCCUGCUUCGGGCUGAAGUUCAUGGACGUGUUCAGCCUGGGGGACCUUGGCGUCCAACGAGGAAUGGCAGCGUUUUCAGGCCGCGACGUAGCUAAGAUGAAAAACAGCAAGGCCGGGAAAUGGAAAUAUAUGAACGAAAAAGAUAUGACCGAGCUUUCAGACCGAUUUAAGCCUUACAGGAGCUUGUUCAUGUGGUACAUGUGGCGAGUCGAAGAAACAGACAUUAGUACAAUGGAGUAGGCUCAGUGCUUGGAUAGUCAUGGACUUGCCGACACAAUGCCAUCUCAUGCGUGGCAUCGAAUCAAUUGAUCCGACUGACGACUUGUUUCACCCGAUGUUCGGGGGAAGAGCAUCACGGAUCCGUCUCAUCUUGGUCCGUGUGGCUCUGCUUGAGUGAGCCCCUUUGAUGAUUUGAGGGGACCUACAAUGACUUCAGCUGCAUACCGGUCUCUUGGUGAAGGGUUCAUGUGAUACCGUAUGGCAUGUGCAAUCGCUUGUCUGUACUGCCUAAGUUGACGGGGUUGUUGCACGUUUCUCCACCCAUAUCCAUGUGGCUCUCAAUUCCCGCUGUCCUAAGAGAUACUCCCAUGUGGCUUACUAGAUUGGGAUGCCCGACCCCAGGUUUGGUGCAGCCCAUCUCUCAACCCAAGGCUUGACGGGGAAAAUAAAAUACAAUAAAACCAUAGAACUAGUAGAUCUCGUGGCUGGCGUGCGUUGGUGAGUGACCCACGUCUGCGGUUAUUCGAAAGUCAGACAAUGCUGAUGAGGUUUCGG